AUGACUGGUCGUGGUAAAGGUGGUAAAGGUUUAGGAAAAGGUGGUGCUAAGCGUCAUCGCAAAGUUCUUCGUGAUAACAUCCAAGGUAUCACGAAACCAGCUAUUAGACGUUUGGCUCGCCGUGGUGGAGUUAAACGUAUUUCUGGUUUGAUUUACGAAGAAACUCGUGGUGUAUUGAAGGUAUUUCUGGAAAAUGUGAUCCGUGAUGCAGUUACAUAUACAGAACAUGCCAAAAGGAAGACUGUUACAGCCAUGGAUGUUGUAUAUGCUUUGAAGAGACAAGGUCGUAGGCUUCCAACCUUGAUCAUUUGUCGCCUUGGCCGAAAUAGUAUGGCUCGUACAAAGCAAACUGCUCGUAAAUCGACUGGUGGUAAGGCACCACGUAAACAAUUGGCUACUAAGGCCGCACGCAAAAGUGCGCCCGCAACUGGCGGUGUAAAAAAACCACAUCGUUAUCGUCCGGGAACUGUAGCUUUGCGUGAAAUUCGUCGCUACCAAAAGAGUACAGAGCUCUUAAUUCGCAAACUGCCAUUCCAGCGUUUAGUCCGUGAAAUUGCACAGGAUUUCAAAACUGAUUUACGUUUCCAGAGUUCUGCUGUAAUGGCUCUGCAAGAAGCUAGCGAAGCAUACUUGGUGGGACUUUUUGAAGACACUAACUUAUGCGCUAUUCAUGCUAUGUCUGGUCGUGGUAAAGGAGGUAAAGUUAAGGGCAAGGCAAAGUCUCGCUCAAAUCGUGCUGGAUUACAAUUUCCAGUUGGUCGUAUUCAUCGAUUGUUGCGUAAAGGCAAUUAUGCUGAACGCGUUGGUGCCGGCGCUCCCGUCUACUUAGCUGCUGUAAUGGAAUAUUUGGCAGCUGAAGUUCUUGAAUUGGCUGGCAAUGCAGCACGCGAUAAUAAGAAGACAAGAAUCAUACCCCGUCAUUUACAAUUGGCCAUCCGUAAUGACGAAGAAUUAAACAAAUUGUUGUCUGGUGUUACAAUCGCACAAGGUGGUGUAUUACCAAACAUCCAAGCUGUACUUUUGCCUAAGAAAACAGAAAAGAAGGCUUAAACUAUAUCUUACAACACUAUUUCUUUCG